AUUAAAUGAGUACCAAAAUAUAAGAAAAAAAAACUCAUACUUUUCAAUUCUUGUUCAUAUUUCCUACAAAAAAUUGAAAUUAACACUGUCAAAUAUUCUAAAAAUUAAAUAAUAGAAGAGAAUGGUGAGAAAGAGAAAAGAAGAGAGAAAAUGAGGGAAGAAAUGAGAAGAGAAAAUGGGAGGAGGUAGGUCACAGAGUUAGGGGAACAAGUUAUAUUUUCUAAUCAAAUACUGAUGGAUGAUCCAAGUACACCAAGAGCUGUAGUCUCUACUACAACAACUGAAGAAAAUGAAACAACAUUGAUAGAAUCAAACUUUGACAUGCUUCAACCUGCUGGGAACCAACAAAACAGAAGCCGCUCAGAUGACCCUGUUGGCAUACAUUCUGAUACUGAAGACCACCUUGUCCCAAGUAAUGCUUCCAUUGAAGAACUUAUUACAAAAAUCGGAAAGGCUUUGUUGAGAAGGGCCCCAUUAGCUACCAAGAGACAUGCUCAUCGUAUGCAUAUGGAUACUGGAAAAAGCCCUGUCCCAAGUGACCUUAGCCCUGACGAUGUAGCAGGCAAUAUAGGAAAGGAUUUGGGAGAGCGUCCUUUGAUUAAAGGGCCUGGACCUAUUGGCAUACUUUGGGAUAUUGAAAACUGCCCCGUACCAGGUGACGUUAGCCCUGAUGAUGUAGCUGCCAAUAUAAGAAACGCUCUGAGAGAGCAUCCUUUGAUUAAAGGGCCCAUUACCAUGUUCUCUGCAUAUGGAGAUUUUAACUGCUUUACAAGGCGCCUUAGAGAGGGUUGCCAGAGAACUGGUGUCAAACUCAUUGAUGUUCCAAAUGGAAGAAAGGAUGCUGCUGACAAGGCUAUCUUGCUUGACAUGUUUAUGUUUGCUCUUGACAACCCCCCACCAUCUUCAAUAAUGCUGAUUUCAGGGGAUGUAGAUUUUGCUCCAGCUCUUCACAGUCUGGGCCAGCGUGGUUAUACCAUCAUUCUUGGUGUUCCAUCUGGCAUAAGCGUUUCCUCUACCUUAUGCAAUGCUGGUAAGUUUGUUUGUGAUUGGCCUAGUAUGGCUCGUGGGGAAGGCUUUAUUUCGCCUUCUGAAGCUCUCAUGCGUGCUCAAGAACUAAAGUUGGCGCAGCCCGGAGAUAUAAAUGGUUUGAAAGGACAGCUGGUGAAGUUGCUUAAAUUAUCGGGAGGCUGUCUGCCUUUUACCCGAGUUCCUAUUGAGUACCAGAAAAUGUUUAGAAGGCCGCUCUGUUGUUCAGAGUUUGGAACAUUCAAGCUUGUUAGUCUCUUCAAGAAGAUGGAUGAUGCUAUGGCGAUUGAUGGAAAAGCCAACAAGAUUUAGUUCAAGAUUCUGGAGCAUUUAGCCUUUUGUUUUUCUCUAUUUGUUGUAAUUUAACAAAAUUUCAUGUUGGGAUGAAUGAUUUCUAAGAGUUGAGUUGUAUUGAUUUCUAGUAAUGGUUAUUCUCAAAUUUGGUUUCUUGGUAAGAAUCGAAAUGGCGGUUAAUUUAUAUCUAUGUUCUUGCACUGCAAACUUGAAGGUGUUGUCCAGUUCUUAAAGGGUUCUUGAUAUUCAUAUGAUUUCAACUGGGAAAUGAGUCAAAAGAGCUUGAUUUACAGCUUUGUUGCGAAAGGAAAUGUUAUGUUACUCUUCGACUCUCCUUGUCUUGCUGUCGAUUCAAAUGCUUUCAAGUUUGCAAGGGCAAAAUUUUUCCCCUUUGUUCUUAGUAGUUAUCAAUUAACUAGAGCGAAAGGAUGAUGGGGGCUUUUUCCUCGACCUGAACAAUAUGCUAGCCGUAUUAGUCAUUGCCAUAUUUUGUACUUAUAAAUUAAUGCGAAUUCU